CAAUCAAGUUCUUUCCAAGCCACCAUUCUUUGUCAGAAGGAUAUAUAUAUGUCCGACCUGACCAAUUGCUUUGUCUGGUCUUGUUAUUCCGACCACGCCUCGACAUCAUCAUCAACAAAUACGCCAGUAUCUUCUCAACAAAGCUCAAGAUGCGAGCCCAAGACUCCUACUUUCCCGUUUUCCAAUCUCCAGAAGACAUGCCGAAUUUACAAGGCCGGACCGCUAUCGUUACGGGAGGUGCAUGCGGAAUUGGCGGCGAAAUUGCUCGCGCCCUUGCCAUCCACAAAUGCCGAGUCAUAAUGGUGAAUGCUCGUGCGAAGCAAGGCACGGAAGCUGUCUCUCAGAUCCGCAAGGAAGUCGGCCAGGACGCGGCCAUCGAAUGGCGAUAUUGCGACAUGACGGACCUCAUCCAAGUCCAAGAGGUGUUUUCUUCUCUAUGCGACGAGCUUCCGAGACUCGACUUGUGCAUACUAGGCUCGGGGAUCGAUCAAGCUCACUUCACGACCGAUCUUCAUUGCAUCGAUGCUUACUUCGGCAUGAUGUGGUUGGGCCACUUCUACGCCAGUAACCUUCUCUGGCCUCUCCUCCGCAGAACGUCGCGGAUAACUGGAGCUCCCGCUCCUCGCGUCAUCUUCGAAGCGCCAGGACAGCAGCGCUCGAAAAGCGUCGCCGACGACUCAUCCAGCGAUGAAGAGGAUAUCCGCCGCACCGCCUACGACGCAGAAGUCUGUUCGGAAAUCUUCCGCCGCUCGAGGACGAGCAUGAUCCUAGGUGUCCGACACGGCCUCGCCGAACGCAUUGCCAAACGCCAUCACGACAACAUCUACGCCAUUGCCGUGCAACCGUCAAAAGCAUCGUCAGACGCAAGCAGCCAUCCUAGAAGAGACAGCCAUUGGCAACCUUCGGACCUCUGCGAUCACGUUCUAGACACUUUAUCCAAGGACGAUCAUUUCACAGUACGCAGUAGUUCGCGCAUAGUCCUCUACGCAGCAACCUCAUCCGACGUCGAGAACGAGUACCUGAACGGUGCAUAUCUAGUAGACGUGGGCGUUUCAGGACGAGAAAAAGAUCUAGCCGCCGAUCCCUCCUUGGGACCAGGUUUCUGGGAUAUCAGCGAGAGGGCUAUCAAGGCGGUCGUUGGCAAAGACGCAAUGGUACCUUGGGACCAAGAGUGGGUGAAGUCACCAAAGGAUGAUGUGUCUGCAUAGGUGUUAUUGAGGUCUCAUGAAUGUUACGAAUUUUCUUGUCCAUGGUAAAAUCAGGUUCCAGUCCUCCAGUUGA